UAGAACGCCGUUUCCAAGGACACAAGUGUAAAUCAUCUCGUAGAAAGUUGCAGUUUACUGAUUUUUUUCUAACGUAAGAAAUAAAAAUGAUUCCUCCAAACGCAUCACUUGUCAAAUAUGACAAUCCGGUACUUGUUAGUCGAAAUACAGACAAGAAGACUCCAAAGGCUCGUGCUUUGAAAGCUAGUCCAGUUCCACCAACAGGAACUGGCCCUGUACCAAACCCUCCAGCAAAACAGAAACUUGCUCCUGUUGAUGCAAAAGCUGCUCAGCAGACAGAUGAAAUUCUGAACUCUAUUCUUCCCCCUAGAGAAUGGACAGAAAGUGGACAGUUGUGGGUCCAGCAAGUUUCAAGCACACCUGCAACAAGAUUAGAUGUUGUAAACCUUCAAGAAGAGCUUGAUAGACGACUACAACAGCGCCAGGCCAGAGAAACUGGAAUCUGCCCAGUACGCAGAGAACUUUACUCACAAUGUUUUGAUGAGCUUAUUCGUCAAGUGACAAUAAAUUGUGCAGAGAGAGGAUUGUUAUUACUUCGUGUUAGAGACGAGAUCAGAAUGACGAUAGCUGCUUACCAAACUUUGUACGAAAGCAGUGUAGCUUUUGGUAUGAGAAAAGCUCUGCAAGCUGAACAGGGAAAAGCUGAUAUGGAAAAAAGAAUUGCUGAGCUUGAGGAUGAGAAACGUGAGCUUGAGAAGAAUGUUAACGAGCUUAAAGCAAAAUGCGAACAAAUAGAGAAGAGGAACCAGGAACAAAGACAGGUAGAGGAGAAAAAACAUACAGAAGAAAUCCAGUUCUUGAAGAGAACUAAUCAACAAUUGAAGACACAACUUGAAGGAAUUAUCGCCCCCAAGAAAUAAAUACAGUGAUAUAAAAACAAUCAGAACUGUUCAUCUUUUUUAUACUGUGAUAAUAAACUUUGUGACAUUCCACAGCAAUAAGUAUUUAUAACUGCUGAAAUAAAAAUUGACAAUAAAAAUAAUGUUUGUUUAACAUUUUACAAUGUUUUUAUUGUGUUUAAUCCGAGCCAAGUAUAUUUCAUUUGUAUUUUGAUGUGUAAGAAGAUCAAAGAUUAAUGAAUAACUAUGUGAGUAGUACAAGACAUUUCUUUUAUUUAUAAGCUUAAAGACUGACAUAGGGAUGCGCCUGUAUAAGGAACUUAAAUUUUUUUACAGAAAAUCUGUGUCUUUAUUUCUCAGUGAGCAAUGUUAUGUCAAUAACAAUACUGCUGGAUAUUAUUAUAUUCUGUUCAUGUGUUACACGAUGCAUUUGUUAUUUUGAUAUUUUUGUACAUAAAAAAUCUUUAUAUAUUAUGAAUAUGUAUUUUACACACUGUACAUGAUAAUAAUCAUAAUAUCUCAGUUAAACGAAGUAUGCAAGCCCUCCAAUACUGUAGUAUUCUUGUUUAGUUUCCAGAUAUAAGAUUUUUAUUAAAAUAUUUCUACAAAGGUGGUACGAUUUCUCAAUAAAUAUUUCCUGUAAUAUCUAGGAAGU